UGCAAUUGUUAUUAUUCGAUUUAGAUAUUGAUUAUGAUUUGACUAAAAGUUCUGACUUUUAUCUGUGAUUUAUUCUGAUUGUGCAAGGUUGGUAGUAUCCUGAAAGCAAACAAACGGGUUUGUCAUGGAUAAGGAGCUUGUGAUCUUAAUCAUACAGUAUCUUGAUGAGGAGGGUUUCAAGGAAACUGCACACAAGCUUGAGUGUGAAAGUGGGUUCUACUUUGACAUGAAGAAUUUUGAGGACAUGAUACUUGCUGGGAAAUGGGAUGAUGCUGAGAGCUAUCUUUCUGGGUUCACAAAGAUUGACGACAACAAGCACUCUACCAAAAUAUACUUUGAAAUUAGGAAACAGAAAUUCCUUGAGGCAUUGGACAUUAAUGAUCGCGCCAAGGCUCUAGAUAUCCUCAUCAAGGAUCUGAAAGUUUUUUCCCCAGGUAAUGAAGAACUGUUCAAUGAAAUGACUCAGCUUUUGACAAUUGACAAUAUAAGGGAACAUGCAUCACUAUCAACAUAUGGAGAUGCAAAUUCUGUGAGGAAGAUUGUGGUGGAUGAUAUUAAGAAAGUCAUUGAGGCAAAUCCUGUGUUCCAAGGGAAAUUGAAAUUUCCUGCCUUCAAAAUUCAUAGGUUACGUCAACUUGUGAACCAAAGCUUGAAUUGGCAGCAUAUGUUAUGUAAAUAUCCACGUGCAAAUCCUGAGAUACAAACCCUCUUGGUGGACCAUGUUUGCGAACCGAUUUUGAACUUCUCAUCACUACAAUCAGAAGAAUGUAAUUCAAUUGAAAAGUCUGAAUCUGAUAAGCAUUUAUCAAACUGUAAUUCCAACCUAUCUACUAUAACUGAUUCUGUACCCUUUCCUGCAACACUAACAAAUCCAGAAGCUACAAUGGAGGAUCCUAAUGUAAUAUCAUUCAAAGGAAGGCCCUGCCAGGCUUCCAAUGAGGUGACAUCAGCCAUAGCAAAUGGUCACCCUGAAAAUGUUUUUCAGACGUUGAAUGAGGAUUCACUUCCUAUUACCAUGGAUUUUCAUCCUAUUUGGCAUACAAUUCUUCUAGUUGGAACAAAUAUUGGCAAUAUAGGACUUUGGGAUGUUAAUUCUGGUGAGAAAUUGUUCUCUAGAAAUUACAGAAUAUGGGGUAUUGGAGCUUGCUCUAUCAAUUUCAAGGAAGCUCUGGAAGAGGACUUGAGUGUUUCAGUUUCAGUAAGGAAAAUCACUUGGAGCCCUGAUGGUUCACUGUUUGGUAAGAACCAGCUAUUUAUAGGGGUUGCAUUUUCAGAAAAUUUUGUUCAAUUAUAUUCCUAUCAUGGUGGCAAUGACAUUGGCCAGCAUUUAGAGAUUGAUGCCCAUGAUGGCAGUGUCAAUGAUCUAGCAUUUUCUUCUCCCAAUCAGAAAUUGUUGGUCAUAACAUGUGGAGAUGACAACACAAUAAAGCUCUGGGAUGCCGAAAAUGGCAAGAAAUAUUAUACUUUUGAAGGUCACAAUGCUCCUGUUUGUUCUAUUUGUCCUCAUGCAAAGGAACGUAUUCAUUUUAUUUUUUCAACUUCAAUGAACGGAAAGAUUAGGGCAUGGUUAUAUGAUUCUUUUGGAGCCAGAGUUGAUUUUGAUGCCCCUGGUUAUGGUUACACUACAUUGGCUUACAGUGCUGACGAUAAAAGGCUUUUUUCAUGUGGACGUGGUAAAGAUGGAGAGCCAUAUCUUGUGGAAUGGGAUGAAACUGAAGGAUAUAUAAGAAGAACGUACAAGGGACUUAAGAAACCAUGUUUUUCUACCAUCUGUUUUGAUUCAACUCAGAAAGGACUUUUGGCUGCUGGUGAUGAUCACACGGUUAAAUUUUGGGAGAUGGACAAUGUUGAACUCUGGACAAGCACAGAUGUCGAUGGAGAAUUACCGGAAAAUCCAUGCAUUCGCUUUAACAAAGAGGGCACAUUACUGGCAGUUGCUGCAAAAGAAAACAAAAUAAAAAUAUUAGAGAUUAAUGAUGAUAUUUUUUUGAAACAGAAUGAAAUCCAUUCUGUUCACGACCCCUGUAAUCUACAAGAAACGUUAAAACCAACACGAAGUCCAAUUUUGAUUGAUGCUAGUGGUGGAGUUUCAGAUGAAGGCUUUCUCAUGUGCCAAAAAGGCUUGGAGGAUGGGAUAUUUAAUGCAAUUAAUGAGUCCCAUGACAAAUCAAAGCUUUGGAGUGGUUGUGAAAUUUGUGAGCCAUCCCAGUGCCGGUUCUUGCAGUUGUCAGUUCAUCCCAAAAUAAGCAAGAUUGUUAAACUGGCUUACACCAAUGCGGGGAAUGGCAUUUUGGCAUUGGCAUCAAAUGGUCAUCAUCUACUUUGGAAAUGGCCACAUAAUAACCUUAACUUGGAAGGCAAGGCAUCUACACAAGUUUCACCUCACAUAUGGAAAUCAAGGAGUGGCUUGCAAUUCAUGAGCAAUAAACUUACAAAGGAUAACAAUGAAGACACCGUUUCCUGUUUUGCUUUAUCAAAGAACGAUUCAUAUCUCAUGUCAACAUCUGGGGGUACAAUCUCCUUGUUCAACAUGUUGACAUUUAAGACUGUGACAACAAUCAUGCCUCCACCACCUAUGGCAACCUGUCUCACCUUCUACCCUCAUGAUAAUAAUAUACUUGCUGUUGGUAUGGAUGAUUCCAGUAUAAUUAUAUACAAUGUCCGUACAAAUAAGAUUAAAAGCAAGCUUGAGGGUCACUCCAUAAGAGUUACUGCACUUGCCUUCUCAAGUAGUUUGGAUCUGCUUGUUUCUGGUGAUUUAAAUGCUCAGAUUUUUUUAUGGAAUAUCAAAGGGUGGGAAAGACAGAAAGAUAGGUUCUUGCAGAUACAGGGACAGAAGGUGUCAGAAGUACUAACAGAAACUCACAUUCAGUUUCACCCGGAUCAGAGGAAAUUCCUUGCUGUACAUAACACUCAUCUUGCAAUUUAUGAAGCAACAGAACUAAGAUGUGUCAACCAGUGGGUUCCAGAAGUUUCAGUGGUUAUCUCCCAAGCAACUUUCUCAUCUGAUGGCCAAACCGUGUAUGCAAGUUUUGAUGAUGGAACUCUGGCAAUAUUUGAUGCUUUUGAUUUUCAAAUGCAUUGUAGGAUCAAUCCCUCAGCUUACCUUUUCACAACUCCAAGUUUAAGCCUCUACCCACUUGCCAUAGCUGCACAUCCACAGAAGCCAACCCAGUUUGCUGUGGGGCUCUCAGAUGGUAGGGUUUUUGUGUUUGAGCCUCAGAAGCCAGGAGGUGACUGGAAGAGCUUUACACUUUAUGAUAAGGUCCCAAAGAGCACAUAGAAAUAUCAGGGUUUGGGAGAUGAUGGUUAAAUGAUAAAAUGUAUUUGGAAAUUCAACU